AUCAAAGGUCACAGCGAGAGAGUUUUUGAAUACACUCUGCUUCAUAUGAAUAUAGAAACAUGUCAGCUAACAAAGGAGCGCAAUUCGUGCCCAUGGGAAUUCCGACAGACAGUUGGAAGACCUGAUCACCAAAGACCACGAAGAUAUUGUCAAUGCGGAACUCUAGCAUAUUUUUUAUUUCAACUUCAGGGUACUUGUGCGUGGAAUCAGAGUGGUGUUUAACAAGGUAAGUUUUUGAAUGACUGAUCACUAGAUAUGAAUAUUUCCGUUUUCUAUUUUUGUUGAAGAAGCAACUGUCUAUGAUGUCAAAAAGUCUAGUCUUUAAAGGCAUACACGCUAAUUUUUAUUGAAUUUAAAUGUAUGCAAUUUAUUACGAAUUAUUGUUGUUGAUAUAUUAUCAUACCAUCGUGGAAAAUUAAACAAUUUAAAUCAACUGUUUAAAAAAAAUAUUGUAAAUCUAAUUUUUUUUUUUUAUUUCUUUCGGGCCGCUUGUAAAUCCUUUAUUUAAAUGAGACUGUACCACGUGACACCGCGAGUCACUUCUACACUAUAAACAAAUAUGGCGUCGAGAAAGCGUGGGAGACCAUUUGGAAGUCAGUUAUCUUUAUCUACACAGAAAGAGAGGGAAAGAAUGAUGGAUAGAGAAAGAGGCAAAGAAAGGAUUUUUAUCGGAUAUGAUGUUGAGAGAUGGAAUCGGCUGAAGGAAGACUUAAACCUUAUGUACAACCAUGAAGUUGCGGGCUUCUUACUGAACAGUUAUGAACAUAAUAAGGGAAGGAAGGUAAUUUCAUCAACCCCAAUGCAUGGUCUCAAACCCAUAACAGAGUUAUUAAAACAUCCAGCUGGGAUUUCAGAUAUUUCAUCUGCAGAAUCUGGAAAAACAUCUGAUCUGGCAAUGUCCGGAAUAGAGCAAAUUGAAGCAAGACCGUCAGGGAGUGAAGACCCCAAACCACCAAACAGGAAAAAGGCCAAGGGAUCAGAAUACUCGGCGUCGUUUUUGGAUCCUUUGGAAAUAAGUAUUGACAUAUCAGAAGAAGUAGAGGACUUGGAGGAAAGUGAUGAUGAAUCAUAUCAACCAAGCAUCAACAUAUCAAUUGGGUAAAGUGGAAUAUAUUCUUGAAAAUUAACGUC